UGUGGCGACGACGGAGAAGCAAGAGGGGUGCAACGAACCCUCUAGGCUCGGUUCGAGUCUACGGAGCGCGGAGUUGUGUUCGAAUCAUGGCGACACCCGACCCCGUAGACCCAGCCACCCUAGAGAUAAAGACCCGUAGCAUAGAACAGACACUACUCCCACUAGUAAAGCAGAUCUCCACGUUAGUGUCGCACAGGGAACGUCCGCUAUGCUCGGACAGGAGUCUCCGUGCGGUUGCCAGAGUCGGCCAAGCUGUAAACCUGGCCGUCGAAAGAUUCGUCACCGUUGGCGAAACUAUUGCAGAUGACAAUCCGGAAAUUAAGCAGGACAUGUACGAGGCGUGUAAAGAAGCGAGGGUCGCUGGAUCGGCGAUCGAGAAACUAUGCGAAUGCGCGAUGGAGGACAGUUUGGCCGAUCGAGGCUCUGUCGUCAGGGCAGCAAGAUGCCUUCUUGGUUCCGUGACGAGAGUUCUUCUGUUGGCGGACAUCGUCGUCGUGAAACAGCUUCUCCUCGCGAAGGACAAGGUCGCUCGUAGUCUUGGUCGCCUUGAGAGCGUCUCCAAUUUCACCGAAUUCGUGAAGGCCUUCAGUCAGUUCGGCGCGGAGAUGGUGGAAUUGGCUCACUUAACUGGCGAUCGACAGAAUGACCUGAAAGACGAGAGACGAAGAGCACAGAUGGCCGCAGCUCGCCAAGUUCUGGAGCGGAGUACUAUGAUGCUGCUCACGUCUAGCAAAACCUGCUUGAGGCAUCCGGAAUGUCCGUCUGCUAGGGAGAACAGAGACACCGUUUUCUGUCAAAUGAGGAGAGCCAUGGAUUUAAUACACUACGUGGUCAAGGAUGGAGUGUUGGACUGCAGCGAGUCGCAAUCGUAUUCGAACUCUCAGAGUCCACAGCAGGAAGACUGGGACAGCAGCACAGCUUUCUCCGCUUUGAAACAUUUCGAGAGACUGGUGGAAACUACAAGGAUGACUCUCCUAGGACCAGGAUGUCGAGAGACACUCACAUCUGCCCUGGAUACUGUCGUUGAGCGGACGCAGGACUUUACUGAUAGUGCUUAUACGAGUCACGAGCACAGAGAGAACAUCCUUUUGCUAUGCGAUCGAGCGAAACUCGAGCUCAAUACUCUCUUGCGGAUCGGUAACAGCAUGAAUUACGAAGGCGGCGGUGGAUCCCCAAGUUCUGAAAUGGAACAAGCUGUGUUGGGUGUGCUACGUACCACCAGGGAUCUUCGUCAGCAGCUGUGCACCACGACCAUGGAACAAGCUGGCGACUUAGGCCAGGUAACCAAAGCUGGCCAAGAACUUGUGUCGACGAUCACGAACCUGGCUCUGGCCAAUGACAUAAAUCGUCUUCAAGAGAGCAGCGACAGAUUUCAUGAGUACAUCGACCAUAUUCUUGAAGUAUGCAAAAUGCUGAGACACGUCGCACUUUCGGAAUCGCUGCAAGUUUCCGCGAAGUUCACGGAGAUCAACUUGAGAAUAUAUGGUCCCCAAGUGGUAACCGCCGCUCACACGUUGGCCAGACAUCCCACCAGUAAAAUUGCAAAGGAAAACCUAGAAGUGUUCACCGACAUGUGGCAGUGGCUUAUGACCGAUGUGACCACGGUGGCGAAAGACGUGCUCGAGUUGAACCAAAAUCGACCGGAGAAGCAAGUUUACAUGUCUCUGCCACGGCCAGGAAAACACGGUACCACAAGCAAGCCGUUGAAGCCCGUACGACUGGACAGCGAGGAGCAGGCGAAGAUCGCAAAGGCCGGCUUAGAGAUGAAGCUGAUCACUUCGGAGAUGGACGCGGAAACGGAGAAGUGGCAGGAGAGCGGAAGUGCCCUGGAGGAGAACAACGACAUCGUGAAACGAGCGAAAAACAUGUCGUCGAUGGCGUUCUCCAUGUAUCAGUUCACGCGAGGCGAGGGAGCGUUGAAAACAACCCAAGAUCUGUUCACCCAAGCUGAGUAUUUCGCCGAAGAGGCGAACAGAUUGUACAAGGUUGUGAGACAAUUCAGCUAUCAGGUACCAGGGGGCCCGCACAAGAAAGAACUGUUGGAAAACCUGGACCGCGUGCCGACGUACGUUCAGCAGCUUCAGUUCACCGUGAAGAACCCCACCGUCGGAAAAGCCGCCACAUUCACGAAAGUCGAUAACGUGAUACAAGAGACAAAGAAUUUAAUGAACGUGAUUUCGAAAGUGGUCACAACAUGCUUCGUCUGCGCCACAAAGUACAACCUGGAUUUCCGAGGUCUGUCGGCGCGUGGGGCCGGCGGCUCGCCGUACAGGGGCGGAGAGGGUGCGGGCGCCGACGGCGACGGUGGCGGUGCUGGUGUCGACGGCAGCAAGACGGGCUCCGCCCCCGGCAGCGACCCGUCCGUCUGACAGUUUGGGAUGGCCCGACGGGCCAAGGGGGACGCUCGCCGCACCCGGGUUUCUUUUCUACUUUUCUAGGAAGAACCCUCGCCUGCCCCAGCGAAGCGUACACGUCGAGACCUCGCGGACCUCCUUCAGGGAACCACGGUGCUCGUUCGUUAACCCUCUACAUAUUCUUCCAAGGGAUUUACUCUGUUACGUGUGGUUUUUAUUUGUACGUUAUGCUCUGUUCGUAUGAACUCUUCAAAUACUAUAAGAUCACAAGUUGAAAUAGCGUUGACUCCUUGACGUACAAAUUUUUAAUUACGUAGUUCAGUUUGAAACAAUAGUUAUCAAGAAUCAUUAAUAGUUGUCAAUUGCUAUGUUGACAAAUAAAGAACAUUAAGAAGAUUACCUUAAUUAUGAAGAUUAUAAUUAAAAUUUUAACAAAAAUUCAGUUGCAAUGGUGCGUCACACUAGUGCGUCACGAGUGUGACGUUGUCAAGGGGUUGAACUUGUUCAGCCUCCAAUGAAUUUCAAACCACUGCAUUCAUGUCUUAAGUUACUUGAAAUUGAUAGCCAAAAACAUGAAUUGAACCCAAAAUUCAAUUGUGAUGAAUAUAACAUGGUGCGUCACACUAGUGCGUCACGAGUGUGACGUUGUCAAGGUGUUAAACUUGUUCAGCCUCCAAUGAGUCUCAGACCACUGCAUUCGUGUCUUAAGUUACUUGAAAUCGAUAGCCAAAAACUUGAAUUGAACCCAAAAUUCAAUUGUGAUGAAUAUAACAUGCUGCGUCACAGUGCGUCACGAGUCAAGGGGUUGUUCAACCAAUGAGUCUCCACUACAUCAAAUUGCUUGAAAUUAGAUGAAUAAUCUUCAAACUCAAUUUGACAAUAAAUAUACUAAAAACCACACUGACAUCUGAAAUAAAAUUUGUGCUAACGCAAGUAUUAAAAAUAAUUUGAAGCAAAUAUUAAAAAGUAUUCAAAACCGUAGAGAAAUCCCUUGGAGAGAAUUGAAACCAGAGCUCUUUAAAGCUCGCAUUCGACAACCGAAUUAUAAAACCGACUAAAAUCUGAUUCUCAGAAGCUCUCGUCGAGAUUGUAUCUAAAUCGCCCGGUGCUAUCGUCGCCAAUCGGCGGCCACGAUUAACGUAAGAGACCUAGAUGAUAAGUAUACCGAAUUUCUAUCGAGCCGGUAAUCUUUGAGACGCUCAAAGGGACCGAUCGGAUCGUCGACGUGUACGUUUCGACAACGUAAUCGCUUCGAGCACAAGCUAUACCAGCGAACUAGCUAACGUUUCUGCUCAAUAUAGAUCCGUGGGCUUUCCGAUCGAGAACACGAUUUUUAUAGUGAUAAAUCGAGGCACGCUUCUGCACUCCAUGUGACUUUAUACAAUGUAAUCCUUCGAUUCGAAGGAUAAUCCGAACGCGACUCUAUUCAGCGUGCAAUCGAGUUUCAUCGCGCCGAACGGCCAUGUAGCGGGAUGAAACUACACGGUGGCAAUAACGCGGCCAUAUCUGACGAAACCUUGAGCGAACAACGCUGUGCUUCAGGCAAGUCCGUGGCUAAAUAGUGGCUUUGCUUUCACUCCGGCGCCAUUUUGUCGAAGCAAUAAACUGCGUAACUAGUGCGUAAUGGCCGAUUUGCCAUCAAGAUGCAAAGAAAGAUGUCGCGGCACGUUCACUCGUUAACGAGCACAUUGAAGAAUAGUUCUUCCAUGUAGAAAAGUUGGUGAUACGACAAUAAUAAUUCGGUACGGAGAGUGCCUUUUAGAGGUGAAACCAUUUUAGAGGCCAACUUCCAUUUUUAAGCGUCGAACCAACUUUGAUCUUGAAUAUCUGAAAGCGUCUUUAACAUCGUUUAUAGUCGUGCUCGUUAACGCGAACGUGCUGCUGCUUCUCCAAAACUGCUUUCAACGUCCAGCAAUGAUUAAUUGAGAUAUCGCUAAUUAGCAUGUCUGGCAAGGUGUAUUCGUGUAGCCAGGCGGUCUUGCUUACUGCGUGCAUCAGCUAUGAAAGGCGUGAAAUCUGCAUUUGUUUUAUGGGAAUUAAUGUUCUGACCUUUCAAAUACCUUUCUGAGUCUUUUGUUUCUAUUAUAACAUUGUCUAGUAUAAUAUUCUCUGUUAUUAUAAUAUUCUGUGUUUUGUAAUAUUCUCUGUUUUAUAAUUUGGUUCUUUGUUGUUCAGUAUGGUGCAAUAUGGGAUUAAUUGUAUAUGGUAAAUUUGCAUUCAUUGUAUUAGGAUUUAAGUAGGUUUAAAGUCCCUAGGUUCCACAUGUUCACAUUCCUAAAUACCUAGAUUCGUCACAUGUUCAUAUUCAUAAACCCCUAGAUACCUCACAUGUUCAUAUUCAUAAAACCUUAGAUACCUCACAUGUUCACAUUCAUUAUAAAUUAAAUAAAUGAUCCUACAUUGCACUAAUACUGUAACCUGCUGCAAUUUUAUGUAACCUCCUUAACUACAAUAAUAUUAACAUAAUCUCUUAAAGGUAUUAUUUCGAGUCACCAAUGUUCGAACCUCAGAUUUCACGCUUGUCACCGAACAAUGCGAAAAAUAAACUUAACGAUCAAACCGCUUUUCGCUCGCGUAGUUCGAGAUAUCGAGGCUGCAAAGAAACGCAAAAUUGCGAAUGACGAAAAUGAAAAAUCGAGCACAGAAACGAUGGGGCAGGAGACGGCGAUAGAGGGUGACCUGGGGGCGGCAGCAGGGCGGUCAGGGACGUACUUUGUGGCAAAGACACGUUGGCUCACUUGUCUCGAAAUCUCGUCGCUCGAGAUUACACGUUUUUGCGAUUCCGGCUUCUCGAUUCGGGCGACACGCGAGCGAUGUAUUUUUCAAGCCGAAUUCGAAACGACGAAUCGAGAUGCUUCGCGCGGAUUGCAACGCAGAGUCGUCUUUGAAACCGCUGACGAAAAUUGAGACAUCGAUUCAAACUAUGUUUCGAACGAUUUACCCUUUUCGUACUAGAUAAUUAACACAUUAACUACAUAUUAACACGUUAACUUUGAUUUAAACAGUUUGUACCAAGUUUAUUAUAAACUUGAAAGUAAAAAAGUUUCAAACAUAACUUCUGUCAUGGACUUACAAUGAUCUCUUUGAAUCUCAAUGAUUUUUGUGACGUGUUAAUAUUUUUACAAUUAUAUUUUGAUUGAACCCUACCAAAAAUUCUAGUUACAAUGCUAUAAAUAUUAACAGAUUGAUAAAUCUUACUCGAGUCUUACAAAUAAGAUUACAAUAUUAAAAGAAUUGUUUGAUACCUAAAGGGUAAAUCAGUAAGAGCGAUAGCAGCAUUUUGUAUUCCACAACGACAAGCUGUAAAUUAAUCGCAGUUAAAAUCGAGCUCGUUCUUUGUACACAAAGAUGAGUGUAUUUUACACCUCGCGUAUCGCGUCGAUAGUGUCUUAUCCAGGAUAAAUCCGGUAGUUCCGAUCAUACGCGAAGAGCGUCCAUCUUGAUCCAAGAUGGCGGAGACGCUUGAAAAUCGCUCCCGCUUCGAGCGAUUUUAGCGUCGCUAAACGUACGUUUGUACAUAGAACUUUAAGUUCAAGCGAGCUAAACGUCGACCAGUCAUGCAUUUCUCGUACUUACAGCUAUAUUAUCUAUCUAUCUAUCUAUAUAUUAAAUAGAAGAUCGAUUCUGUAUGUAUUAUACAGAGUUGGCACAAAGAAUGCGACCAACAGAGCGAUCUGUUGAUAACCGAUCGUCUUGGUCGAUGCUUUUAGCUUGGUAAAAUCGACUGACACGAUCGGAAAACGAGGCGCGAAACCGGAAACGGAAGCCUCGGAUCGGUGGACUUCGAUCCCCAAAAUGUUCCUAGAGUGUAAUUACGCGGAUUUCGUGGAGCGUGUACGCGUAUAACCUCGCAGGAAUUUCAAACUGAUGUUUCAUCGGUUGUGUAACGCGACGCGUUUGUACAAACUCUGUAUCAUACUUUAUUUAGAAUAGUAAGGGGUGGUAAGCUUAAGUUUUUUCUUUGUAUAAAACGGCACAAAUAUUUUGUAAGGAAACGAGUUCUGUUUUCAUAGUUAAAUCUGAUUGGUGGGGUAUUAAUCAACUAGCAACGAUCUGCGAAGCUCGACUGGUAGAUCUGAGUUAAAUUAGGAAUUGAUGCUUUGGAUUUUUAAUCAUUCGUUUUUACACUUAGGAAAGUGUAGUCUGAAUUUUGUAACUUUUAUGGUAGUACGCUGAUUUUUAGAAAUUGCUUGCAGAGAUU